GAGGAGGGGCAGAAGUAUUUGUUGGGGCCGGUGAGGCCGGAGUUGAAGGGGAGGAAGUGCCUGGUGUUGGAUUUGGAUGAGACAUUGGUGCAUAGUAGUUUUAAGGUGAGUUUUGAGCGUAGAAACGGAGGGCGAACGAUUGAAGUGGACGCUAUGAUGGAGAUGAGGAUUUAUGACGGACGUUAUGAUCUGGAAACUUACCGUUAUCGCAGAUGCUUCACCAAGCCGAUUUCACGAUCCCCGUUGAGAUCGAAGGCCAAUAUCACAACGUAUACGUGAUCAAGCGGCCCGGCGUUGAUCAGUUCAUGAAGCGUGUGGGCGAAUUAUAUGAGGUGGUAGUGUUUACGGCAUCGGUUUCCAAGUACGGCGACCCACUCUUGGACCAACUCGACAUCCACAACGUCGUCCACCACCGUCUAUUCCGCGAAAGCUGCUACAACCACCAGGGCAACUACGUCAAGGACCUCUCUCAAGUCGGCCGCGACCUCAAAGAAACCAUCAUCAUCGACAACUCGCCCACCUCGUACAUAUUCCACCCGAAACAUGCCGUUCCGAUCAGCAGUUGGUUCUCCGACGCACACGACAACGAGCUUCUGGACCUGAUCCCCGUGCUGGAGGACUUGGCGGGGCCGCGGGUCGCGGAUGUGAGCUUGGUGCUGGACGUGUCGCUGUGACAGACGCACGCGCUCACAUAACCACGAUCCGAGACGGUCGAGUUCUAUAUCUUCCCAAGUUUCUGGCGGAUGCGCAACGAGCGAGCGAGCGCGCGCUUCAUCAACAUGGCAUGGCGAGGCGUUAGGCGUACAGUCCCUUAUCUUA